UCGAUUUGAUGGCUAUGCAACUGCUCAGUCAGGCUGCUUCCGGUCAGACACCCACCCAUUCGACUCUCAACAGUGCCACUGGACUCUGGGAGCUGCAUAAUCAGCAGACUCUUGCUCGCAGAGGCCGUGUCAUGGUUGGGCCCGGACUGACUGGCGCGGGUGGCGGGAAUGUCGCGGUUGCUGGCGCCGGUGGCGCAACCACAGGUACAGGUUAUCCGGGCGUGUCGCUCUCUGGCUCGUCAGGGUCGUCCUCGACGACAAGCGGCACGGCCACCGGUGGCUCUGCCAGCCACAACCCUAGCAGUGGUCAGGCCAGCCUGCCAGGCUUGACGCCCACGUCGGGUGGAUUGCCGGCUUCACUUCUCUUCUAUCCUCCUCCACCAGAUCAACCUCUGCCUCCGCUUCCUCCCCCCACGCCUGUGGACCGAGAUUUUGCGAGUGGCGUCUCUAUUUUGGACGUCGGCUUGACCGGCAGUCCAUGCAGCGGUGGGCCCAGGACAUUGUUUGGCAGCAACACUGGAGACUCGGCCACCUCUAAUAAUCCCCUUUUGAGGGCCGCCGGCGGUCUGGAGGGUCCGAGUCGGGCGGAAGUGGUGCCACGUGACGGCCGUCCGGUGAGUGAAACAAGCAGUCACCACGUGGUCCCGUACGCCGCCUCAUCGUCCAUCGGGACCGGUAGCGGCGUCGGUUGCGCUCCGAUCCGCCAGCUAGUCUGUGCCUCUACCGGCUCAUCUGCCUUGCCCAUCACUACGGCUACUGUCGCUUCUGCUGCUGCCACGACGAUGACAAACGACAGCGGACUCAUCUCGUCACCAGCCAACUUGGCUGGGCUCAUUUCGAUCUCCGGCAGUCCCGGUGACCCUGGACAACCUGGAGCUGAUCUGCAGGCAGCGAUGAGUAUGGCCGGCUUCGCGAGAACAUUCGCGUCUGGAAUUCCGAUGGCCUGCGACACUGGCUCUCAGCUACCUCUUCCCGUCGGUAAGCCUUGUCUCUCUCGUCAUCUACCAAUCGCUUUC